CAGUGACACAAUAGCAGCUCGUCCAAGAUGGCGGCGGCGGCGGAGUCGGGGGCCGGGAGCCCGCAGGCUGCCGACGCGGCGGCGGGGGGCGCGGGGGCCGCGCUGCCGGCCGCGGGCGAGCAGGAGCUGAGCCGGCGCCUGCAGCGCCUCUACCCCGCGGUCAACCAGCACGAGACGCCGCUGCCGCGCUCCUGGAGCCCCAAGGACAAGUACAACUACAUCGGCCUCUCCCAGGGCAACCUCCGCGUCCACUACAAAGGUCAUGGCAAAAAUCACAAAGAUGCAGCCUCAGUGCGUGCCACCCACCCUAUCCCUGCAGCCUGUGGCAUUUAUUACUUUGAGGUGAAGAUUGUCAGCAAAGGAAGAGAUGGGUACAUGGGAAUAGGACUCUCAGCUCAAGGCGUCAACAUGAACAGACUUCCUGGUUGGGACAAGCAUUCCUACGGCUACCACGGUGACGACGGGCAUUCCUUCUGCUCUUCGGGGACCGGCCAGCCCUAUGGGCCCACGUUCACAACAGGAGAUGUGAUUGGCUGCUGCGUCAACCUCAUCAAUGGCACCUGCUUCUACACCAAGAAUGGCCACAGCCUCGGCAUAGCCUUCACAGACCUUCCGGCCAACCUCUACCCCACCGUAGGCCUGCAGACACCCGGGGAGAUCGUGGAUGCCAACUUCGGGCAGCAGCCCUUCCUGUUCGACAUUGAGGACUACAUGCGGGAAUGGCGCGCCAAGGUGCAGGGCACGGUGCACUGCUUCCCCAUCGGUGCCCGGCUCGGCGAGUGGCAGGCGGUGCUGCAGAACAUGGUCUCCUCUUACCUGGUGCACCAUGGGUAUUGUGCCACAGCCACGGCCUUUGCCCGAAUGACUGAGACCCCGAUUCAGGAAGAACAAGCCUCCAUAAAGAACAGACAAAAGAUCCAGAAGCUGGUGCUGGAGGGGCGUGUGGGCGAGGCCAUCGAGACCACGCAGCGCUUCUACCCGGGGCUGCUGGAGCACAAUCCCAACCUGCUCUUCAUGCUCAAGUGCCGCCAGUUUGUGGAGAUGGUGAAUGGGACCGACAGUGAGGUCCGCAGCCUGAGCUCCCGAAGCCCCAAGUCCCAGGACAGCUACCCCGGCUCCCCCAGCCUCAGCCCCCGCCACGGCCCCAGUAGUUCCCACAUGCACAACACAGGAGCGGACAGUCCCAGCUGUAGCAAUGGCAUCGUGUCCACCAAGAGCAAACAGAACCACAGUAAAUACCCCGCGCCCAGCUCCUCGUCCUCUUCCUCUUCCUCCUCGUCUUCCUCGUCCCCAUCGUCUGUCAAUUACUCCGAGUCCAAUUCGACAGAUUCCACCAAGUCUCAGCCACACAGCAGCACCAGUAACCAGGAGACCAGCGACAGUGAGAUGGAGAUGGAGGCGGAGCAUUACCCCAACGGCGUCCUGGAGAGCAUGUCCACCCGCAUCGUCAAUGGUGCCUACAAGCACGAGGACCUGCACACGGACGAAUCCAGCAUGGACGAUGGGCACCCUCGGCGGCAGCUCUGCGGGGGCAAUCAGGCUGCCACGGAGAGGAUCAUUCUGUUCGGCCGGGAGCUGCAGGCGCUGAGCGAGCAGCUGGGCCGAGAGUACGGCAAGAACUUGGCCCACGCUGAGAUGCUGCAGGAUGCUUUUAGCCUGCUGGCAUACUCGGAUCCCUGGAGCUGCCCCGUGGGCCAGCAGCUGGACCCCAUCCAGAGGGAGCCAGUGUGCGCUGCUCUCAACAGCGCUAUCUUAGAGUCUCAGAACCUGCCAAAGCAGCCCCCUCUGAUGCUCGCCCUGGGCCAGGCAUCGGAGUGUCUCCGGCUCAUGGCCCGAGCGGGCCUGGGAUCUUGCUCCUUUGCCAGAGUCGAUGACUACUUGCACUAGCUGACCACGCUGGCUGGCCCCGCCGGGCCCCCUCGGCCUCAGGGCUGGAGCCGCCCCUGCCCUCCACAGGCACCUGGUGCAGGGACCUGGAAGCCAUGGGCAGAAUUCACUCCUCCUGCCUGUCCCCUCGUCCUCCCGUCCUCUCUGUCCCCUGCCUCCUCCUGUCCCCUCUGUCCCCUCCUUCCUCCUAUCACCUUCCUUCCUCUGCUUCUCUCCUUCCUUCCUUCCAUCCAUCCUCGGUCUCUGUUCCCUUCGCGUGCAGUGGCCUGUGACACAGUAUUGGCUGGUUACUCUCAUGUAGCGCCUUCUACUUUGAAAGGGGGUUUUGUUUUGAGGAGGGGCUUGGGUUUUUAAAUCUUUCUUUUUUUUUCUCCUUCUGACUGAGCCACCAGUAUUUAUCUCUGGAGAGUUUGUGCUGAGCUGGUUUCUGCUAAUUUAGUGAUGAAGCCUAUCCAAGUUGGUGAUAGCUUAUUAUUUUCAUAAAUAAAAAAAUGAGAUUAUAUAUAUAAAUCUAUAUAUUAAGAAGAAAAAAAAAAAGACAGUAUUUAUCGUAGUGUUAGUGGUCCUGCACCUCUGGGUGAGGCCGUCCAGACACCCUAUGUUUUGAGUCCAACUCAUUAAAGAAGAAUGAUCUCUGUCACCUCAGCCAAAUGAUUUGUUUAUUUCAGACUCUUUCCCCUUCAUUGAGCCACAGGCCCAUCCACAGCCCGGGGAAGCCACAUAGGCGUUGGGGGGCUCUGUGGUAGGCAGGUGAGGCCAAAGCUGGUUUGCAGUUUCCCAGAAGCGCAGGAAGCUGGACCGAGCAGGAACUGUGGGGCCAGUGGAGGGACGCGGCGGCCCAGGGCUGUGUAAGGGAGUGGAGGGUCCUUAGCCAGCACGCUGUCUGCCGCUCUUCCCCGCCUCGCUCCUCUGUCUCUUCCCCUCCACAUCCUGCCUCCCCUCGUUGUUAAGAUGGCCAAAUAAUCCAGUUACUUUCCUCUGAUUGCCUGGAAACUACCUGCCUUUACCCCGAGAGCUGCUGUGUUUCCGGCCACGGCGAGGACAGCGCCCAUCCCAGGACACAGGCCCUUGAGUCCGGGGCUGCCUCCUUCCUGCCCUCGUCGUCGUCACCCCUACCCGGCUCGGACGGAGGCGGUACUUGCUUUGGAGCAGCUCGGAACUGGGGGAGGCAGACUCUUGGGCCCCCUGUUGGUGGCCUGGCUGGAGUCCUGGACUCGAGGGGCCAGACCGUCACUGCAGCUGACCACUCUUAAGAAAGACAAUGAUGAAUAUUUGCUGACCUGAAGACGGGACCGCGUGGGCUUUCCCACUGUCCGGCAGGCUUUUCACGUGGAUCCUUGGAGCCGGGACAGACACGUUCCUGGCACUGCCAUCAGGGAAUUGGGAGAGGAGGAGCCGAGAUGGCUGCCGGGACCUGGUCGGACCAGCUGUGGAGAGGACUGACUGUCCGAGAGAGGAAGUGGAGGCUCCCCAUCCCGAGCAGCCCCGGGGGCGCUGGAGCGCCCACCCCUUCUGCUCCCCCGGGGAGGCAUAUACAGACUGCCCCGGUGAAGGGAGACUGAGUCAGUAGUUCAACUUCUAGGCCCUGGAGCGAGGCGAGCUCUUGUAUCAGAAGACACCGGAAAAGUUGGUGGGGGCUAAGGUUGGACAGCACGAGGCAUGCUGGCAUCAGACUGACUGCUGGUGAGCGCCUCAGGCCUUGGCCCCGACCAGGGCACCAGCUGGCAGCCCCUAGCCCGUGGCCCAUCACGUGGUGUCCUGUCAGUAAAUGCUCCCUCACCCAGAGGCGCAGAACAUCAGGCUGUCGUAGCACUGGCCUGAGCAGGAUGGGGAACGAGAACUGCAGGCAUUUGUAGCGGGACUAGGGUUCGGAGAACACGUACCCCACACCAACCCCCCCCUUCCUUUUAUAGAGAAAGAAGCAGUUCCAGGAGAUUAUGUGACUUGGCCAAAGUCACACAGCAAAAUAGUGGCAGAGCUGGAACUGACCUCACCCCUGUGGGUUGGGCAAUCCUGUUCCGUCCACGCGCAGGACGGUGGUCUGAGGGUCAGACUGAUGAGGCCCCCGACAGUGUCGGGGCUGGGGCCGGACUUCUGGGCUUGGUUUGUGGAGCGGCUGAGAGAGGGCCCAGGAGGGCUCGGGACUGCCGUGUGCUGCUUGGGGUUGGGUGUCCGCCUGGCUCACAUUCAGUUCCCAUGGCCACCUCCCCAUUUUCUGUGCCUUAUCUCACUGUUUCAGCUGAGUCCAAGUUGUUUACUCUGUUCCUCUCCAGAGGGGCUCUCGGUCCCAGUGGGCCAGCUUACCUUUGGGACAUAAGCCUUUGCCCCGCGCGCCGUGGAGAGGACUAAAACCAAGCUGCUUGAGCCCACUGUCUUGCUGUUAAGUCUCAUCAGCCGGGUGUGGCUGCCAGUUGGAGUUACCCGCGUUACCACCUACUACAGGCUUCCAGAGCCUUGAGAGGGGGUGGCUGGGAGGGCUCUGGAGGGCUGGAUCUGACCUGUGGGGGCAGCAACACUUGCCUCUGGUGGGUUCUCCAGACCAGGGGAAGCAGCUUUCCCUCUCUACCUUUUCCCUUGGGGCGCCAAAGGGUCUCUCCAGGCAGAGCAUGCAAAGAAAGCCAGAACCCCUGAUCCAUGUGGCUCUGUGAUGGUCAGAACAGGGACACCCAAGAGAUGAAGAGGUGGGGACUGUCUGCACCCAGCACCUCCCUCCCCCUUAAGCACAAAGAAGAUGAGGCAGAGAACUGUCAGAGCUGCAGGUUCCUUUGGUUGCUCACAACUCAGGUAUGCAUGCCGUGUGGCAGCCGGCCAGCAGGGGCCAUGUGCCUGCCAGCCCCAGCUCCGGGAGCUGGGAGCCAGGACCCAGCUGGGCUCUGGCUGCCCCAGGCGCCGCCUCUGCAGAGGGCUCCUCCAUUCACGACCACAGCUGAGACAGACAUCCCCCCCCCAGCGCGUGCACACUGGUUCUGCCCGUGUCCUUGCAAGUCCAUACUUGGCAUUAGCAUGAAACUUGUGGGCAUGGGAGAGCUUAGAAUUCUAACACAAAACAUCCUAUGAAAUUGUACUUGAGAUAAAAAAAAAAAAAUUCCUGUUGUAUUUUGACAGAAUUAUUUUUAUUAAAAUACACGUCCAUGGGCA